AUGUCUGGCUCAUCAUUGAAAGAAGACAUCGAGAAAAUCUUCAAGGAACUUGCUGUUCUCAAGAAUUCACUCAAAUUUUUGGAGGAUUUGGUUCCGGACCACACUCAUGAUGUUCGGCUCAUCCACCCCGUCAUCGAGUAUCUAACCAAAGAGCUUGCCGUCCUUAAGGCUCACGUCCAAAAUUUAGACACCGACGUAACCGAUUUGAUGACACAGUCCGACUUGGAAUACCAACGUCUUCGGUCACAUGAGAUGACUAUUCAGCAGCUCAUAGACGCUUCUCCAGCUCACAGCCACAUCGAUUUGGAAACCGAGAUAGAGAAUUUUGAUCACGAGCGUUAUGCCAAUUUCCGUCGUCGACACCAGAAUGAUCAGACUCCGGUAUCAGGAUCAAACACUGAUCUGUGA